GACGCGAAACGAACCUCCAGCGGAUAUGUCGAAAUCGUAGCCCCCAAAAAGGAUAUUCAGUGAUUAGUGUGGAUACAAAAUAUUGAGAAAAGUGUCCUGAAAGCAGAUAAGGAUAAUAAAUAUCUAAGGAUGCGGUGGACAUUGCUGUUGAGUCUGGGACUUUUCUUUGCCUCUGUACAAAUUGAAGCCUACUCUCAGGUUUUGGUUAAUGGCAAUGGAGCCGGAAACGAACAAGGACCUCGUAUAUUUAAGGCUCUCAAUACGGAUUUGAUAUUCCCGAAAACUUUCAACUCCAGUGAGAAUGUGGUGUCCACCACUGGAGCUCCAUACUCCACAACUUCGACAUCGCUGCCACCUAUUCCGUAUAACCACCAAUCCGAGGGAACAACUAGUACACCGGUGUUUGUGACCCCCUUGGUUGCUUCACAAGCUGAGAAAUCAAGUGAUCCUCAACCUAAUCCUUCUCCUAGUCCUUCUCCUGCUCCCAAUCCUGCUCCCGUAUCCGAGGAGCAACCUGAAGAGCCGGUUAUAGAAGGAGCCUCCACAGGACGUGCCGUGGAUUACCGAACGGCGUAUCCCUUUGGCCAACUGAUUACUCCUUUGCUGAGGGGCGGCAAGCCACAGCAGUACAAUCCACGACCCUCAAAGACACGUGUUUAUCCACAAGGUAGUCCAUCUUACUACUCCUCAUCCUCACGAAAUCCAUCUCGAUAUAAGGCUUCGAGGCCCAUCUACAAAAAAGGAUUCAGCGAUCGCUUCACUCCUGGCGAAGGAACAGCCGCUGGUUUGUUCAAGGGCCACAAUCACAACCACGAUCACGAUCACAGUCACGACCAUUCGCAUGGACAGGAUGGCAAGGUGGCCUCCGGCUCGAAUUCCGUGAAUUCGUAUGUGGCCCCAGGCGAUGCCUACUCCUUUCCGCCACUGAACACCAAGUAUCCGUCGCCGUCGCAGGAUCCCAAGGCGGCAGUGCCAUCGGAUACGGUGACGAGCUAUUUGCCACCUGCAUCCGGGGGAUUGAGCAAUGCUGGCUACUCCUAUCCGGGACCCUCGUUUCCGGGUUACAAGUACCCGGGUCCCGUGGCCAAUAAUAAUGGGGAUAAAGAUACUGCGGCCAGUAUGCCAAGUCCAUCUCCUCCGGCAGAUGAUGAUCCGGGAAACGAUGAUGUGAUUGGUGUGCUGCCCGCCAGUGCCAUGGAUAAUAUUCCCGCCAAGGAUCAGGAUCAGGAUGGCAAGAAUGCCGGUGCUCCUGCAGAUGGUGGUGAUAUGGGUGCCCCUGCAGAUGGAGGUGACAUGGGUGGUGGCGAUGAUGGUCCACUGCCAGCUCUUCACAAUGAUGGUUCCCAAUCCAAUGAUGACCACAAAUACGAUCCUAGUAUGGAAUAUCCUACUCCACCACCUGGUUGGCUGGAAGCUCACCCGGAAUCGGCGGCUCCCAAGCCAGAGGAUCAUGAUCAUGAUCCGGAGCCAGAUCACCAUGGUCACCAUGAUCACCACCAUGAUCACUUUCCCAGCCACUUUGAUUACCAGCCCUCGUAUCCGGAUGACUCCUAUCCGGAUGUUAUCUACGACGAUCAUCCGCACCAUCACCAUCAUGUGCACCACCCACCACCUCCUCCUCCCCCUCCGCCGCCACCACCACCUCCCCCGCCACCCACUGAACCACCACCACCGCCUCCUCCGCCACCAGAACCACGUGUGAAGAAGUAUAGCUACUUCUACAUCGGCCGCAAACUCUGGUACAUCCCGCUGUACUUCACCGUGUGGUUCAGCUUCUACAUCCUGUGGCUCAUCAUCAAGUCCAUCGGCCGGCACAAGGUUAACCUGCCCAAUCACUACGUCUCGCGACGCAGUGCACCCGAUCUCGAUCUUUUUAGCGAUCAGGGUCGCGAUGAGUACAUAAACGAGAUGACCGUUCGGGUGCUGAAGCACAUCGAUAGCUUUAGGCACAAGUAUUUGAACUGAAAAGGAAGCUACCAAACACUUAAUGGCUAA